UAACAGACGCCUAUAAAUUGGACACGUUAUCGCAACGCACCAUUCUUCAGUUGUCAGUGCGCCCCGCGAUCGGUCUCUGAACACACGUCUAUCGAACAGUGAAAUUUUGAAGCCAAUUAACCGUUUUGCUUUUGUUUCUAUCCCAUUUUCAAGUUUCAUCCAUGGCUAAGUUCAUCAAGUACUGUGACUUCCUAUCACCAAAUUAAUUAGUUUGUGUGUUAACAAUAUACCUACAUUGGACUGGUACGAGAAAGCGCGUAAAAACGCCUGUGAUUCAGUCUCGCAGGCACCGAUCUUCGCUACGAUUCGAGCUGGCAAGAGCAUACAUGCAUUUUUACAACGAUAUACUGCAAAAAAUGACCAUUUCCCUGAAGUUCCGUGUAAACCCAAUAUAUUAUUCGGACUAUUCGGAUACGAUUUAGGCUUGUACCUGAAAUUAUUUUACGCUAAAAGCACCUUCUGCCAUUGGCUAUACCAUUUCGAGUACUACAAGUUCGGAGUUUAUUCGAAGGAUAUUACUUGACGCUGGUUUAUCUUCCUCUUGUGAAAUUUUUAUUUCAUCAUCAUGGAUAUCGUGGCAAAUUACCACCCGGUCUUCAAGGCCUUCUUGGCUGGGUCGUUCUCGGGGACGUUCAGCACGAUACUGUUCCAGCCUCUGGACUUGGUGAAGACGAGGUUGCAGAACCCUACUCACAAUGUUGUUGCGGCGACUGUCAACGGCCGAAUCCAACCCGGCAUGAUUACUAUCUUCACCAACAUCAUCAGGCAAGAGCAAAUAGUCGGGCUAUGGCGUGGCAUGGUGCCGUCCAUAGCUAGAUGCGUGCCAGGAGUGGGCUUAUACUUCUCGUCGCUGCACUGGCUGAAGGCCAAGCUUGGGAAGACCAGGAACCAAGACCUGGGGCCGUUGGAGGCGGUCGCUUUAGGAGUGGUGGCUAGGGGAAUGAGCGGAGUCGCCUUGAUCCCGAUGACAGUGAUUAAGACCAGAUACGAAUCCGGAGUGUACAAAUACAACAGCCUGGGUGGUGCCCUAAAGGCCAUAUACAGGGCUGAAGGCAUCAGAGGCCUCUCUUGCGGUCUCGGGCCUACACUAGCUAGGGAUGCGCCGUUUUCUGGUCUCUACCUGAUGUUCUACACACAGACCAAGCAAGCAGUGCCUAAAGAAUGGCUGCAAACACCAACGGCUGCCAGCCUCAUACACUUCAGUUGCGGUAUAGUGGCUGGGAUCGCUGCGUCUCUCGCUACCAACCCGGCUGACGUACUCAAGACCAAAAUGCAGUUGUACCCUGAUAAGUUCCCAAACGCUUUUGGUGCUGCGUUGUAUAUUCAUCAGACAUACGGUAUCAAGGGCUACUUCAAGGGAGCAGUGCCAAGAAUGUUGCGUAGAACCCUCAUGGCUGCCAUGGCAUGGACGGUCUUUGAAGAAAUAACUAGAACCAUUGGUUUGAAAUGAUUCAGCUGUCCACAACAUUGAAAUGAUAUAGUGCUGCCCUCUGUGGGAGUUUUAGAAAUAUUUUUGUAUCUGUCAAUGCUAUAUUUGUGUUGUCCUUGAAAGUAGAGUAGAUGUUACUUCUUGUAUCAGAGUUUAAAUGAGGUUUUGAAAAAACUUGCACUAAGUGAAAUUAAGAUUUUUUUCGUAAAAAGGCAACAUUUAAAAUGUUGCCCUUUGUGGAAAAUUAUUGCUCUAAUUAAAACAACAUUUGGAUGAAUUUUGAAUAAUAAUAAUACAGAAUUGAAUUGAUAUCAGAGCAGUUAAAGUUUGGACAUGAAGGGUGCUAAGUUCCUAGUGGUUUCGUUUUCGAAUAGUUAUUGCUUUAAUUCGUAGUUUUUAUUAAUUGUUUAUUUAGUCAUUUAUGUAAUCAAAUGCGUUGUUAUAUUUUAUAAUCCUUUUACAAUGUUUGUCUUUAUUCUUUAAGUUUACAUUUAACCAUAAGGGCUUUUCGAGAAUUAUAACGUUAGUGAGUAGAAUCGCCGUUAUGUUACCAUAUUAUUUGUAUAUUGUGAAUUUAACUUGUUAAUACUCUAGUUAUAGUUAUGAAAUGUGAUAUUUUGUUGAAUAAAAAAUGCACAGAACUAA